AUGGGCUUUGAAUAAAGUAUAAAAUUCAUUUACGUAGCUCAAUUCGGUACAACAUUCGGUGGAAUUGAGCAUUUAAUGUCAAAUCCAUAAACGGAUGAUGCCACAACCAAAAAAUUGUUUUGCUUCUCAAAGUGCACAAACACAACGAAAACUACAGAUGUUGAUUUUAAUACAUACAAGUACAUAUACUAAGUUCGUGUAAAUAACGACGCACAAACAUACACAUACACUUGUAAAAUCAUCUACACACCAGUACAUAAUCACACAAACCAUGUAUUUCCGCCUUUGCAAAAAAAAGAGAGACUAUAACAUACAUAAAUCAUAUGCGAACCUUGUGAUGCAGACCGCAUGUAUGCGUACAGCGAAAGCACCGAUUGAACUGGCAAAAAAAUGUGUGAACGUGUGCGUGUAUAAUAAUACGAUGACUACAUGGACGGACGGAAAGAAGUCUUGUUCUCGCUUUCAAGUGCCACCACACACAGUAUAUGUCAUCAUACAGUAUGAGAAAGAGAUCGUAUUUCGUGUUCUAAAUCAAAUUUGAUCGAAAGUUUUAAUUUUGUUCUUUUUUUAUUCCAUAAUUCUCAAUUACUAAAUAGCUGCAAUACAAUAGUGAAUUGGUUUUAAAAUGAUUUACUGAAGAGAAAAGAACCAUAAAAUUUACGAGAGCAAAAUAGUGUAUUUUGAAACGACAGCAAAGAUAUAACACGGAAGACGUGAAUAUAUUGUGCAAAUAAAAAAAAUAUACGAGAGCUUCGAACAAAAAUGACAGUGAAUACCAGCUGAUAAAGUAAUUUAAAAAAAAAACAUCAUUUUUUGCUAUUUUCCCAUCUGUGAGAAUGUUGAAUGAAUUUGUAUGAGUUGAAAGAGAGAAAACCGGGAAAGCGGAAAAGUCUCACUGAAACAACGAACAAAUACAAAAGAAGUGAAAGUAAAAGGAUGUCAGGCAGUAAUAAUCUGUCAUAUUCACACUGGAAACCAAAUUUAUCACUCAUUAAUAAUGCUCCAGCAACGGCCUCGACUUCAAACUAUCAAAACCUCAUGAAGCUGGCCAGCACCGGUGCUGGUGGACACACAGUUAUACACCAACAUCAUUCGGGACAGUUGAGUGAAGAACAUUUGAUACCAGCUCACAGCAUACAUUCUCCUCAUUCUAUGAGCAGAAUCAUCGGAUCACCCGGAUCAUCAGCAUCACUUUACUCUCCCGGCUCAAAUGCAAGCUCUUCAGCUGGACCAUCAAUACCAACAUCGAUGCCCAUACCACGUGCCCAUCAACACAAUGUACCAAUCAUUCAGACACCUUCGUCAUUUGUCGAUCAAGGCCAUCAUUUGGAUAUAUAUUCGCAAAUUGGAAUGCAACGAAUCGGGCAAAUGUUCAAAACCAAUUUAAUGGCAAACAAUAACAAUAACACUUGCAACAAUAAAAACUCCAAAAGUAGUCGUCCAAAUUAUGAGAAUGCUAUCAAGAUGGAACAAAGUAUGAAUAACAUCAAACAAUUAGUCGAAAGUGCGAUUGGAAUUGAGGCCAAGCAACAAAUAAUGCAUAUUUUGGAAAAAAUCUCACUGCUUCAACCUCCUGAACGAUUACUGUUAUACCUUAGAAUGCCAAGUAGUACUUCAGAGACAGAUCCUUUACGACAACCGCAGAAUCCGCUGGGUACACGUUCCGAAAUCAAUUUUACGAUCAAUUGGGUUCGAUCUCACUUGGAAAUGGAUCCGAACGUUUCAAUACCAAAACAAGAUGUUUACGAUGAAUACGUAGCCUAUUGUGCACGCGAAGAUGUAAAACCAUUAUCAACGGCCGAUUUCGGUAAGGUAAUGAAACAAAUUUUUCCGAGCAUUCGACCGCGUCGUUUGGGAACGCGUGGCAAUUCACGCUACUGUUAUGCUGCUAUGAGAAAGAGUACACGGUUGGAGUGUCCGCAAUUACCGAGCUUAGGUGGAGCACGGAAUGAUUCAAAUUCAGAACAGCCGAUGUUGAACAAUGAAACUGAAUCCGAAGCAGGCCUAGGAUCGUCUGCAUCAUGGAAAAUUAUAAAGAUGUGGGCCGAAAAUCUUUUGAAUGUUGAUUUUAAGGGACCAAAUGAAUUGGCCGAUCAUAUUUCAUCAAAUUAUAUGAGUGGAACUCAUGGAACGAUAAGUAACAAUUCACGUGCAUUGCUACAGAAAAAGUUACUUCAGCGAAAAGUUAAAGGCCGCAAAAAUAAGUCAAUUUCUAUGUCCGAAGAAAUAAUGGGUGAUGGAAAGAAGCGACGCAAAAAGAAAUUGAAAAAAUCGUUGAGUCAGACAAACAGUGAACCAGCCGAUAAUGAUUCUCCAGAGAGCAUAUCGAAUACAAAUGAACAAAGUGUAUCUGAUGAAAUAUUGCAAAUUAAGCAAGAGCAAACGACAGCUAAUACGCUCACGGAUGGACCACUGUCCAAAUCAACGUCACAGACGAUGCCAAUUAAUUUGACAAAUGAACAUGGAAAAAUUAAGAAUGAAAUAGAAUCACUUUCGUACGCUAGUUCAUUGAGUGAGCCAAUGGAUGUGCACGACUUUCCAAGUGCGAUUUGCAAAAUCGAAAUUGAUGACGCUUCGGACAUUGAACACACAGUAUAUUGCAAAAAGGUACGAAGAGCACAAGAAGAGAAAGGACUAUCUGUGUCGUUGACAUCACCUAAAAUGUCACAACAAUCACCGGAGAUGAAAACAUCGACACUGUCUCCGGCAUCAUUAUUAAUGCGACCUCCUCUGUGUGAGGCACCAACCGAUUUGUCGGUGAACAGUAACGAAAUGGCCAAUGUUAACAAUUCAGAUAUUCGCAAUGACUCUCCAAAUUCGAAUAUGUUACAAAUCCCAAAUAAACGAACCACCGCCAAUACAAUGGGUCGAUUGAAGAAACUGCGAUUUAUUAAACACGCCUCAGUGGCUGGAAUGAAUGAGACAAAAGUUGAUGAUAUUGCAACGGAUAUAAUAAUACCUCGCGAACGAGUUGUCAGCAUUUGUAAUAUGGAUAAAGACGCCUUGGAUGAUUACUUAAACGAAUCCUGUGGUGACUCACAGGAGCAAGAAGCUGAAUUACUACAAUACUUCCAAACGACUUCAGGCCAAUACAAAAACACUCAAAAUACGUCUACAGAUACAGUCGCAUCAUCACAUACUGCCACCAUUACAACUAAUUCGAAUACGAUUCCAAUCACAAAUGCUUAUCCAUUGUUGGAAAAUUAUCAGCUUCAUCAAAAUGCUCCUAACGAAAGUGGUGUUCUGGUUGCUGAUAAUCCACAAAUGACAAGCCCUUUAACUUCAUCAUCGAAUCAAGUACCACGGAAGCAGGAUCAAAUCAAUGAAUUACGUCAAUAUUUACAACAAAAUCUACACCAUCCACCGGUCAUCCAAAGUAGCACAUUGAAAAAUGCUGAAGAACGAUCGGUGACCUCAAGUUCACAGCUAAAUUUUAGCAAUGAAUUCCAUGUUGAUUGGAAAGAUCCCGAAACGGCAAUGCAUUCGGCUUCAAGUUCGUUGACCGCACUAUCGUUGCCAUAUCAACAAGCUUCGCAAGAUCAUCUUACCGAAGAUACCUCAACCAAUGUGACAACCAUCAAUGCAACUGACAAGAAACAUUUGUCAAUAGCUGCAACACAUGCUCCUAUAAUGCGGUCGGUUCGAGCAUCGUCCGCAAUAAUUCAAAGUCAAGCUCAACAAAGCCCAAAUUCUCGAUCGAAAACUUUCAAUUUCGUUCCAAUUUCACCUGGUCCUCAGUCACCGCGCGUUAUUCCACACCACCUUCCACAGCAAUCGAAUAUUCAUACGAUCAGUAGAAAUACAUUUUUGAGUCCACGCCGUUCACCGGCCGUACGGAAACUGGUGAACAAAGACUUGAGCAAUUGUCUAAAAUCAUUACAAGAUCCGUCAAUAUCCACAUUUGAUACAACAUUCAAAACUGAAAUUAGUGCUUCAGCACCAGCAAGCCCAUCCAUCACACCGCAUCAUUUUCAAUUUAACACAACGAUAAUGAAUCCAUACAGCAAUGCCUCCUCGAAUACGGCAACUACAAGCUCGAAUCAACCGCAAAUACCUCAUCAGCAUCAGGCAUCAUGCUCCAUAUCUGGCAUGUGUCCUGUAUUAGAACGAUCUCAAAGUGUGCCAUUGCAUUGUCAGAGUCCAGCUUUUAAUGCACCAGUUUCGAGUACCGCAUACAAUUCUGUAUGUAAUUCUGUCGCACAAACUCCAGUGCCAUCCGAAUUUGCGGACUUUACGGAAGAUAAUUUUCUUGAAAUGCUGGCUGAGUCAUCGAAUGACCAUCAAAUCAAAGUUGAGGCCAAUGAUGUACCAAGCCAAUUGCACGGUGAUUGUAUUCGCAGCCAAAUUUCGCGUUCAGUCCCAUCAACACCCUUGCCAAUACACGGAUUCAAUCACUUGAAUCCGCUGAAUAUUUUCGGAAAUGUGACAAGUACUGGCAUAGCAAGUGGUACAACAUUAUCAAGUAGUUUGCUAAUGUCUAGCUUAUCAAAACAUACCGUCGAUAAUUCAAAAUCAGUUCCGACCACUCCGAUUGCAAUGAUUGGAAAUAACAAUGCUACGCCAUUCCGAUACAGUCCAGAUCAUCAUCGUGAUUUUUUAAUCAACGGGAAUACUGUUGAUACGGCCAAGGGGCCAAAUCAGUUCUAUCCAUCACAACCGAAUACAUCUAGUUCAUCGCAGUCGCAGAGAAAUGCACCACAACAUCCAUCUGUGUCAUCGACGCAAUCACAAGUUUUGCUUGCCACCAGCACUCAACCGAUUGAAGAUUUGCCAAAUUACAGUGAUGUCAACGAUCCAAUCAUUGAAGAUUCACACCUUAUGAAUAAUCUUUAAAUGUUUUUAAAUUGAAAAACACAACUGGACCUCUACUCAUUCUGAUAUAGAUAGGUAAACGACGUACUACGGAUAUGCCCAAUUUAUAUUUGUUAUUGUUUAUCGUAUUAUGUUGUGUUUGACACUGUUUUUGUACAUUCUGUGUCUUUCUGGAUCAAAACCAAGAGUUAGUUAUAUAUAUAUGGUGUAAAUGUAAUUUAGUUACGAUUGUGUCUUAAAAUUGUACACAAAUGUAAUGCUAUGAGAUUAUUAUUAUAUGGUGUUGGAAAACAGUAUCUAUAGAUAUGCUUUAGCAUAGAAAAUUCUUUGAUAUUUAAUUUUUCUUAACAAAAAAAAGGUUAUCAAAUCAGUUUCAUGUAAGGGAAAAUUUUUCCUGCACAAGAAGAAUAAAAAAAACCAAGACAAAUGCUAGCACAUUGAAAUAAUACAAUUUAUGAAUUCAAAUGUACUUCAAUAUACUAUAUGUACGGACCAUAUUAUAUCACAUCUUUGUUUAUAUUUUCAAUGGUUUAAUUGCUCAUGCAGUUUAUGUCUAAAACUAAAACAACAGAACAAUGCUAGUUAUGAUAAAAUCGUUAAAUUUAUUUCAAUCAACGAAGAGAUAAUGUUGUGAACUAUUUUUGUGAAUGUUUUUAAAACAAAAUUAUACUUAAAAUCAAACGGUUUCAUCGAAGAAAAAAAAAUGUUCCAUUAAAUUAACAUAAAAAAAAGAAACAUCAACACGUAAAAUCAAUUAAAUCGAUUUAAAAAAGAAAAGAAUACACAAGUUUAUAAUGGAUUUUAAUGUUAUGUAGUACAAAAUAUUUUUGCAUUUGCAACAACAACAAAAAAGAAGAUUAAAAUAGAAUUAAUGCACCAGGACGAAAAACAAAUGAUUUCCUUGAUUUGAAAAUAAUAUCAAACGGAAUAUAUUUUAUUUACUAUUUUAUAAGAUUAUACUUUAGCCCAAGUGAGACCACAAACAUCUUUUUUGUGAAUAAUAUUAUAUAUAUUGAAUCUGUGUGCCAUCUAACUGGGGUAUUUGUAUCUAUUUUUCUAAUUCUAUCAAUAAAUUAUGUCUGAAUUGUGUAUAA